AGUUCUCUGCUCCAUGCUUUUUAUUAUUUCUUUAAAUAUUUGCCAUCCAGGUUACACCAAGACUUUUUUUCUGACCAUGAUGCACAGAUACCUCUGUACUUACUAUAAAUAGCAGGGUAAAUGUUCUCAGCUAGCCUUUAAAUUCCUGCAGGCUCCAAAGUGAGUAAAGCGUGAAUCAUGCAGUGAAGAGAGGUUCAGGGGGCUAUUUUAGUCAGAACACACUCUUGGUCUCUCAGUGUUAAUUUGUUUAAGUGGGGAGUGACAUUCUUUCUGGCACCACUCGUCCAGGGCUUUUGGAUCCUGGAUUUAUUCCGCAAGUCCCCUGUCGAAGACUGUAGUAUACAUUUGGAGGAAAUCUGGAUACAUCUUCACAAUCUUCUUGAAUUUAUCCUGACAGAAUCAAUAGUUUCCUGAAUAAGCUAGAGAGUCACUUGGGCUGCAAAGAUGCUGGAAGAAGAUAUGGAGGUGGCCAUCAAGGUGGUGGUAGUAGGAAAUGGAGCUGUUGGAAAGUCCAGUAUGAUUCAGCGAUAUUGCAAGGGGAUUUUUACAAAAGACUACAAGAAAACUAUUGGUGUAGAUUUCCUGGAAAGACAAAUCCAAGUUAAUGAUGAAGAUGUCAGGCUAAUGUUGUGGGACACUGCGGGACAAGAAGAAUUUGAUGCAAUAACUAAGGCCUACUAUAGAGGAGCCCAGGCUUGUGUUCUUGUGUUUUCUACAACUGACAGAGAGUCCUUCAAAGCAAUCCCUACCUGGAAGGAAAAAGUUGUGACUGAAGUUGGAGACAUUCCCACAGUUCUUGUCCAGAAUAAGAUUGAUCUUCUUGAUGACUCUUGUAUAAAGAACGAAGAGGCAGAAGCACUGGCAAAAAAGCUAAAAUUAAGGUUCUACCGAGCGUCUGUGAAGGAAGACCUAAACGUAACUGAAGUUUUUAAGUAUUUGGCUGAUAAAUAUCUUCAAAGGCUCAAGCAACAAACAGCUGAAGAUCCAGAACUAGUACAUACAAGCAGUAACAAGAUAGGUGUUUUUAAUACAGCUGGUGGAAGUCACUCCAGCCAAAAUUCUAGCACUCUUAAUGGUGGAGAUGUCAUCAACCUUAGACCAAACAAACAGAGGACCAAGAAAAACAGAAGUCCUUUUAGCAACUGCAGCAUACCUUAGACCACUUUGGGAGGAAAGAAACCCAACCCGGUGAAUUGCAUGAAGUUGUGCAAUUGAGUACAGAAUAAAGCCAGCUGUAGAGGUAUUUUUACCAGUGCUUUAGCAAAUCUUGUGCCAAUGGGAUCCUCAAUAAACUUUCUGAUGCUGUGGGUUUGGUGUGUAGAAUGAGACACCUGGUGGUAAAACACAGAACCGUGGCUGCCCCACGCACUUUGUAAAAUUUAGGCAAGCUUCUCCUUUUUCAAGGAAUUAUUUACAGAGCUAUCCACUAGGUAUUGCUGAAUUGCAAAGCACGUUUAACAUAGGGAUAAUACUUACAAGUAUAGGUACAGACCAUAACACCUCGGCCCAAGGUACAGUAGCAACCUUGCAACUAAAUUUCAAAGAAAAUGUUAGAAUUUGUUGGUCAGGAUACUAAGAUAAAUGAAGAGCAAAAAGAAGACACUACAUUUUAUGCCUGACUGUAUUUAUAUGGAUUCUGGCAGUUCCAUCAGUGCAAUAUACUUGUAUUAUAUAUAUAUGAGUGCUAAGGUAUAGAUAUAAACAUUUGGUAUGAAUAUUUAGGCUAAAUUCCAAUGUAUACAUUACUUGGAGAUCAGCUAAUGAUCAUAAAAUGACAUCUUCAACACAAAAUUUUCCUUUAAAAAUGUUGCAUUUCAGGUGAGGCUUUCCCAGCUGCUGCUGUGUACAUUUAACUUGCUAGACUUUGGGCCUAAAAGGUUAGAUUUUAAAAAUGUAUGGUGCCAAAAAUGCUCCUUCUUUUUACCUAAUGCUGCGCUACAGAUGUUUUUGUAAGUUUGUUUUUGUCAGUCUUAACAAGUUGAACAAAUAACACAAUCUUUGAUACUAGUAGCUAUUCAGAAGGAAGAUAUAAUAUAAUCAUAUUCCUGUUCAAAUUUGAUUGUUGUAUCCUGUGUUGUCUAUGAAAAAGGAGUUUGUAAAGUGGUGUCACAAAAUAUUUAUCUUCUUUGGAAAAAAUUUUCAUAGAUACCAUAAACUAAGUUAUGGAGGAUCCAAAAAAUUGCAGCUGAUGACUGAAUUACAUUAACGAGACAUUCUUGAAUGUUCUCUCAGAUUCAGAGUUAGCUGCUGGUUACAGAAAAUCUAAUUCGGCAAGAUCAGAGACAUGGCAAAAAUUUUUCAAAGUGCUAAAGUAAUUUUACAGAAUUGAUUUAGAUGUUUAGGAGCCCAAAUCUAAAUUACAGUUAUUUGGGGUUAGGGUCCUAAAUCACUAAGGUGCUUUUAAAAAUGCUAAGGAAGAUACCUUUUAUUUACCAAAAAUAAACACUUUUUAAUCCUCUUCAAGAGCAUGCAUGCCUUUUAAAAAAAUAUCCAUUUUGUUUACAUGUUUUUGUAUGGUAUGAUAUAAUUUUAACUUUCUAGGAUUUCUACAACAAACCUGCCGGUGACAAAUGCAAAAUAUGCUGCUUGAACGAAUUCAGAGUUUUAAUAGUUUUUUAAAUGGUUAUGAGAAUGAAAAUGAGUGAUCCUGUAUAUUUUUGGAGGAAGGACUUUUCACUGUGUGAAUUCAUGUAGGAAGCUUGACUUACUUUAUUUCUAAGUCAGUGAGUAUGAAAACUGAAAUGUACCCUUUUUCCCACUGUCUGCAGGGAGAGAAGUGGGUGGCAAGUUAUGCACAAACACUAAAGAUCUCUGAACUCUGUAUUUUAUGUUUACUAUAUUAGACUUUCUACCGAGUACCGUUGUUUCUUUGACAAGCUGUUAGAGCAUCUCCUGUUGCUGGCAAGAAGGUGGCCUUCAAGGCGCUCGACCCCCUUUGCUAUUGCAGCAAAACUGUGCGUUCUUCACCAUAAUGUUUCCUGUAUGUUUUUCUUGGAUAAAAGCCUUUAUUUUUUAACAAGUGCAUUUAAUCACUGUAUGUAUGUAUAAAUGGCGUCGAGUCCUGUCUUAGCAAUUUAAGAAGUAAGGUACUUAGGAUAAGACUUAAGAUUGUCCAUCAUGGGGCCACCUACAACUUCAGGAUGUAGGAUAGCGCGUAUGCGUGAAGAAUUUUGACGAUUGUAUUUAAUAUGGAAACUUUACAUUUCGUUGUCUGUCUGCCAGUUUCACAUUUUUUAUUCAUUUUUCUUGAAAAAGAAACAAAACCACAAAGUGUCUGGAACAUCUUUUUUGCCUUGUUUGACUUUGUACAGAGUACUGAAAAAUAAGUCUUUAUUACGUUUAAUGACCAUUUGUACUAUUGCAUGUUAUACUGUAGACAUUGUGCUAUUAUAUAAGCCAUUUGUAUUUAAAAGUCUGUCAUUAUAAACCACUCUUUUAAGGACUGAAAACUCAGUAGAAAUUUUCAUAGGUGGAAACUUGACAGACUUGCUAAAUUUAGGAUAUGUUGAAAUUCAGUACACAUACACUUUAACGUAGGAAUAUAUAUUUACAGUGAGUUUUAAUUUCAUGCCCAUCUUAAAUCUGAAGUGGCUCUUUCUUUGUUGUGACUUUGCAGUGCUUGUUCUCCACUACAACUGAGAUGGAGACUGUCCAAAUUAGCAUUUUUCUGGAGAGUGCUCUGCAUGUACGCUGCUUGAAAAUUUAAUUUUUAUCCUGCUGGGGUUAGCGUGUAGAUGUAAACCAGAUGACUUGCAUAUUGCAGGAAUUCUUAGGUAUUCAUAUCAUUAUUCAGUGGGAGUAACUUUCGUCUUUUGGAUGAAGAGAGAUGCCUGAAUGUUGAGCACUUGCAUUGUCCCAUGUGAAUCAGUUUUAUUAUAAACAUCGCCCCAUUCUCCACUCAAAGUGUUCUCAUUAAAAUAUCAUAUGUCUUACUUUCCAAAACCUACAGGUGCCGGGCUGGUAAUAAAAAUGCCCUUCUCUGUGCAUCUGUGUGAUUGUGUGGUGGGAGAGGAUGUAGCUCUGUUACACCUGUGGCAGAUCAGCAUCCUGGAUUACUAGCAGCAUGAAGUUUUCUUCUGUGAGACUAAGCUAAUUGCACUCCUCUUCUAUCUGUUAAUAUCUCUUGAAUAGCUCAUUGGAUGUAUUACCUGAAUCUUGCCAAAAUUCCUUGCUUUCAACUGAUAACGCUACCACUACUAGAAAACUUCAGUAAUCAUUAAUGCCUUAGUGAAAUAAUCAUUCACUAAAGAGUGUGAUGCUAAAGCACCUCCCGCUCCCGUGUUGUGUCCAUUCAGUGAAUGGGUGUUCUCCCAGUAAGCGGGGCAUCAUUCGAUGCAAAGCAGUAACGCUAGAGAUGUGUUUCCAACUGGAAAUAACAAAUCUUAAAGUUGUAAGACUGAUCACACUAAGAUUUUUGUGCUUGCGUGUAUGUGGAUAAUUUUUAAAAAAAUUAAAUAUUCUGAUUAAGACAAUUUCGGAGCUUUCUUAUUUUCAGUGUUUCUUAAGACAACACUUACUUACCUUUUUUAGUCAGAAUGCCUGGAUUACUAUACUGUCAGUCUGAUUUUCAUUUUUUUAUGCUCCAGUAAAAAUGGUCUUCCCCCCCCUCAUUAUUGGGCUACAGCAUAUCUGACACCUAGUUCUCCUUUGCAUCACUUCUGUAGAUGUACAUUACGCUAAAGGGAAUUGAGCAGGUGAGCACAUCGUACUGCCUGGAGGUUAUGCAGAGGCACAUGCAUAAUACUCAGUGUACAUGUACUUUGAACCUGUUAAUGAAUCUAUUCAAGUUGAUAGCUACCAGUUAAUAAUAGAAUUAAUUAUUUGCACUGCGGAACCCUCUUGUGGGAGUUGAGUCAUACAGCAAACUAACAGAUGUGCUUUUUGGAUUCCAGUGAUGGUGCCUAAGCCCCUACUGCUUUUCUAAAUGUAAUCACAAACCUUUGGCUGAAGUUGCAGAACCUGAACUGUAACUGGACGUAAGCCAGAGAACAAGUGUGGUCCAAGCAGCUUGAUUUCAUCAAAACUACCUUACCAUCUUGUAGGAAGCAACAACUGUGCACAUCUUCUUUUUAAUGCUCACGUAGUAUUGACAGAAGAGAAUACUUUGUUAAAUAUGGCAUCCAAACAGAAAAUAAAACUAUAGAAGAAAAAAUGCAGCAAUUUUUAGAUUUAAGAUGAAAGGUGCUAUAAUAGAAUAAGGGAAACUUUCAAACAGUAUGUGUGGAAGAAGCGUUCUGUAUGAGUCAUCUCAAAGCCAGGUGAGUCCUAGUACUGAACUAGACUCAUUCUCAGGUUUCUAGUGGUAAGGUAAUACUGAUAAAUAAUUUGUGGAGUGAGUAUUCUUUUUUCGCUUACUGAGAUAAAUGUGGUUUAGCAGAACUGACUCAAGUUGAUCAAAAAAAAGUAAAAACUAAUCUGGAUCAGGAGAAAUCCCGCUCUCAUUGCUAGGAUAAAGAUGCAUCGCUACUAAUAAAUGACUUACUUGCAAGUUCACCUGAAUCUGAAUGGUUAAUACAGAUAAUGUACGUAACUUUUUAUCACUGUCGUGAUCUCAAGUAAAUGUAAUAUAUUUUUAGAAAAAAGACUCAACAUAACUUACAGUAAAUCCUCAAGUGGGAAAAUAAAUGUUUAAAACUGAA